ACAUGAUCGGAAGUAAAUAAAGUUCCCGCGUUGUAUCGUGCCGGGAAGAGUGUGUUUCCAGGGUGAUCAACUUCGCGCUACCAUGGAUGAUCUUUAUUUAGACAACAUUGACGAAUAUGUUAACGAUCAGAAUAAGAUUGUCACCUAUAAAUGGCUGAGUCUUACUCUUGGUGUCCAUGUUAACACGGCUAAACAGAUGCUUUAUCACUACAUAGAGCAGCGACGGAAGGAGCGAUCUGGAAACUUGCAUGCAACUUACUUGGUCUCUGGGAAGUGCUUGGAGAAUGGCAGCAUGUGUCAUAAGGUGUCAGUAGUGCGUGAAGACAAACUUGAGGAUGUAAAAUCCAAACUGGAUGUAACGAUUAGCGUGCAUGUGUACAGCGUGCAGAAAGCUGAGCUGAAGGACAGUGCACCGCUUUACAGUACUGACUACGAUGCUAUGAAAGAGAACCUUAAAAACUGCACCAAGUACAGUGCGAUUCGCUGUGCUGCUGCUGUACAGAUGUCCACAGCAGAGUUACAGAGGGCUCAAGAAAAGGCCAUGUCCACUGCAUCUGACAAGGAGGCCAAUAAACCCGUCGUCAACAACUACACUGCACCUGCAUCCAAAUCCACCUCCAAACAGCCGAAAGGCAUCAUGGGAAUGUUUUCAAGUAAAACCGCACCUAAAAGUGAAGCGCAGAGCAAAGAGGUGAAGGUGGAGCAGAUAGAUGAUCCAUCUCCGGCUGAAAGACCUAAAACCAAGGCACCUUCCAAAGCUAGCACUAUGAACAAUUUUUUUGGGAAAGCAGCAGACAAAAAGCUUGAGAAACCAGACAAAAACAUAAAAGAAAAGGCAGAUGGGGCUCCAACAUCAUCAGCUGCAGGAAGCACAAAAGAGUCUUCACCCAAACCUAAGCAGGACAUAAAGGAAGAGUUACCGAAGGAGACUGAAGUGAUUAAAGAUGACCCCAAAGAGACCCGGAGUAAAACAAAGCGCCUGGAGCAUUCGGACAGUGAAGAGGAGCGAGUGGAGAGUCAGAAGAAAAAGAGACGGAGGAUAAAAAAACCUCAGCCUGACAGUAGUGAUGAUGAGGUAAUUCCAGAUUCUCCACCUGCACCUGGACUGCAGACACCAAGUCCUGAAAAGCACGUGAAGGAGGAGCCAUUUUCACAAAGCUCUGAGGGUAAGAAGAGGAAGAGGAGACGGGUAUUAAAGUCCCGCACGUUUCUUGACGAUGAAGGCUGUAUUGUGACCGAGAAAGGCUACGAGAGUGAAUCUUACUCGGAGAGUGAAGACGAAUCCAAGGCAGCCACUCAACCUUCUGAGGAUUCAAGCUCACUCAAGCAGCCACUCUCAAGAAAGGAUGAGGAGAAAAAGGUCAAAGAGAAAAGUCAGAAGAAGGCUCCUGCUGCUGCGAAUAAAGCAACGAAACAAGCAUCUAUAACGGGCUUUUUCCAAAAGAAAUGAACUUCUUAUUUGAGCGUUCUGUCUUUGUUGCUUUGUUAUCAUCCCAUACUCUUAUGACUGUGUAUUUAUUGUACUGGACUUCAGUACAAUAACAAACCAGUAGGUGUCCCUGUAAAGCUUAUCAGAUGUUUUGGUCAUUGGUCCUUUCUUAGAAGAAACCACAUGAUGCUGGGAAUAUAUUUGGGAUGCCUGUACUUGUCUGGGAUUUUUCUUAAAACUACUCCUCACUGAUUACUGUGAUCAGAUCCUGAAUAUCAAAUAUUAAAAAUAUGAAACUACUAUAAACCUUACUU